AUGCCUACCUCGGCAGAUAUCAUUUCAGAUUGUGUCUCGGCUGUCGACUUAUGGCUUCGAGCUCUCUACGAAUGGAACCGAAAGCAUGAGGCCGACACUACAACCAACCGCAACAGAAAAGUUCUAGAAAUAUCCCAAGCUGUCAUGGAGGCUACCGACACCAUUGCCGAGCUUGGAAAGAAGAUAUUGAAGCUAGGCGCGAGGUGUCCAAUCUGCAGAGAGUACGAGGUAGAAGACCUAGUCACUCUACCUUGUGGCCACAAAUUCCACGCGGAAUGUGUUCGUCGUUGGCUGCAAUGCGGUCAGAAUAGGGAUUGUCCAGUGUGCCGCCACGGCCUUCGACAUAAAUGUGGUCACGCUCUAGACGAUGCACUCUUAGUCCCUGGGGAGGUUCUUUGCUCCGGUGUGCUCAAACUUCCUUGCUCUAGACGCGUUCGCGUCGAGUUUGAUUCUCAAUACCAGUCCGACUCUGAGGUAGAAGCAGGCUCUGAAGAAGAUGGUGCUGAGGAUGAGACAGGCGCUGGAGGAGAAGCACACUUUGAAGACGGCGCCAACUCUGAAGAUGGAGAGGACCUCAUGGAAGGGGAGAAUAAUCGUAACCAUGGUAGCUAUGAUGAUGAUGAGGAUGACGAGGACGGAAAUGAUGGCGUGGGCAGCGAAGACGGAUCUAACCCCACUUACUACAGAUAUCCCUCGAGCCCAACCGCACCAACGCAUGUACCUGGGACAGAGAUCCACAUAGCUUUUCGCGCACCACCUCCAUCCAAUGACUGGGUCCUGAGAUCUUCCCAAGCGCGUCCGACAAGCACUGCUACAACGCCACUGAGUAGUCAACAGUUGGAAGAAGAACCUCUUAAUGAGAAACUGCGAAGCGCCCAACUGCUCCAAGAGCCCCCCACAUUGUCUGGGUUGGACCCCAACUCUUCCAAUGGGAGGCCAAGGGGCGUUAGUAUUGCGUCAUCGAAUCCUCGCCGGUCAGAAGAUGAGUCUUCGCCUGGAAAACUGGGAAGAGCUCAUCCACUUCAUUUGGAUCCUCAAAAUACAGAGGAGCCUCCUCUUCCCGAACACUGCCGCCGUCUCCUACGCGGACUCCACAGUAACGCAUUGCGGGCGCGACAAAGAACCGGCAUGAGUCGCGCAAAGGCCUAUAGAGUAUGCCUCGAAGCCAUCCUGCCUGCUAGCGAAGAUCCCAAGAACCAAAAGCAGAUGCUUGGUGAGGUGCUAUACCCCAUAGUGUGGUGUAUGCUGGGAAGGCGACCUGCUUUGGCGGGAAAGAUCACGGGGAUGCUUUUAGGGUUGUGUAAUGCGGAGAUACUAGACUUGAUUGAGAGCGAUCAAGCUCUUUGGGAUACUGUGCAGGAGGCCAAGAGUGUGUAUGAAGAGCAUAUUCGAGAAGGAGGUGUGGGCCACUUAUAA